AUGGCAGUUGCCCCGCUAGAGAGCUCUAGCACCCCGCCUGGCGCUACAUCGACCGACACAACGCGUCCUCCCGGUGAUUCCAUGGAAGAAAGCGACCCCCAAUCCACUCGGAAACGUCCUCGUCUCGACAGUGGGAGCGGUGCUUGUGAAUCUCUGCCUGCUCCCGACGAGGCGUCCACCGCGCUCUCCGAAACUGCCCCGAAUGCGCCUGCCAUAGCGGACCAGGAAGCUGCUGUGCCGAAUCGUCCAGCUAGCAGAAUGACUAUCAACAUGAAAUCCCCUACUACCACCGACACUCUCCCCUCCGCUCGCGAGAAUACUCCCGCUGGGGAACCCAUCGCCGACACCGACACCGAUGCGCGGAUCAGCGGCGAACAACCCUCGAAUGUGGUUUCACUCUCGUCAUCUCCUGCCAAAAGCCCGGAGAUAGAAGUGGCGGAGUUGGAGGAUAUGGACCAAGAUCCUAGUACUACAAGUUGGAAAUCCUUGGGUGAAGCCUUGCGGGACCCUUCGAUGCCAGACGUGGUGCAGCUCCGUGAGCAGGUCCACUUCCUAGAUACUUUUCCGGCCAUCAAUCAUGAACAUCCGCGUGAGAAUCUGGAUGACGCACUCAUUAUGAUUGAGAAAGGACAUGAGCAUGACACAAUAGCCUUCACUUAUGUCAAACAAUGGCUGGAUGAUGUGGUGACCUCUCUAAAGCAGUUCACCUAUGAGACUUAUAUGGAUUCAAGGGCGUUUUGGGAUGAGGUUCCGCUGCUAGCAGAAUUCCUGCUUCGCAGAGCUGAACCAUUUCAGUCAGAUGACAGCGCCGGAAUCUGGAGGUGUAUAGAAGGGUUCCUCACCAACUAUGCUCGGCUAGCUUUCCACCUCGUUUACUUGGACGCUCAGUAUCUAGGACGGUUGACCAACGAAAUUAACUUACAAGGGCUGGAUCUGAUAUCGCGCAACUACCUUCCGCCGCUGGGUUGGUUGGUAAGCUACGAGAAGACCCCGUUUUUUGUUGCCCUUCAGGGGCAAUACGGGCACGAGGUUUGGAACAUGAUAACCCGCCUCAACGACCAAAUCCUAGCCGCUCCAAUAAAUGGUGUGCAGCCUCUUUGCAAGUACGCGUCCAGUUUGACGGCGCUCAUCCCCGAAUGUCCUCAACUUUUACCGUCCUUGCUCCAAGCGUUGAGGAUCGUUAAUUCCUUGGCGGAAGCAAGGAACAACCACGGCGGGUACAGUGGAGAUAACCAUUUGACGGAUUCCCAUGGGGAUCAACGAGCCAUGAGUACGAUGUACAACCUCAUACGAUCCGUGGACGAGGCAUACCAGACUCACAUCACCAAAAAGUCCCCUUGGAUGAACAACGAGGCGAGCGUCACAGUGGUUCGGCAUUUGUCGAGCACAUAUAUGGCUCUUUGCAACCAGAGUACAAAAAUAGCCUCACAGAUUGCCGAUGAUCUGGCUAUACAUGCCCCCGAAGACGUGCCCCCGAUUAGUCUUCCAGCCAUCGUUUAUUACAGCUGGAGAUUUGGUGUUCUCAAGAAGCACAUCAUGGGCGGCCGAAUGGAAUUACGUGUCGCGGGAAUUGAUGCAAUGCAGAAUGACUUUGUCAGUGUCUUUACGCAGUAUAUGCGAAGAGAUCCAUCAACUGGACUGCAUAAUCCCGUUGUCCAACACAUGCUCAAGCUUCUUAGGGAGAGUAGGAUCGUUGAGUACAUGGUCGGCAUCGAAUCCCAUCCCCAGCUAAUUUUCAGGAGCUAUAAUAUUGUAGGCUUCCUUGUCGUUACCGGAACAUACACCGAUGCCGACACUGACACGAUUUGGACAACCAUCACCGAAAGUCCAGAUCCUCGUACGGUGUCGGAAGUGCUUGGGAUGCUCCAAAAGACGAUUACGCUGCAUAACGACGUGUCCAACCUUCUUUAUAUGUGCUCGAAGCUGCUGGAACUCCCUCUGACACAUUUUGACCCGCGAAUGGUGGAUUUCUGCCAACAGCUUUUCAUGGCCCUGCGCGACAGGAAUCCCACCAGGCAGGAUUCCUUGGACAAGCCACACAUUGAUGUAAGGCCUUUACAUCUAUGUGUGCGCCUAAUUCGUGAGAGCGCUGCCACUGAAGACCUUGCUGUCGAUCAAAAAGCCCAUCUGCAAAAUUUCGCUGGCAGUCAAUUAAGCUCCUUUAUGAAAGUCGGGCUAAGCGAUGCUGACAAGACGGAGAUAUAUGAGCGAUGUGUGCAGGAUAUCGCCGAAAAGAACCACUUUAGCGUCGGCAGUAUCCAAGCCCUGAAUGCUCUUCUUAGCAGCCAAGAUUCUCAAGAAGUCCGGAAACUUGCCAUUGAAUUCAAUCUUACACAGCUAGCUAUUUCCGAGGUGGCUGAGCUGGUGCAACAGAAUCGAAACGAUUUCGCAGAUACCCUGUCAAGCAAUGGGUUCAGUUUCCGUGUUCAGAUGCUUUCCAAAAUUAUCGAAGGGGCACCUGAUUCCAUUACUCCAGAACUUGGUGACGUCCUAUGGCAAGAUGUUUUCAUGUCUCCGUCUCUUCCUCGACAAGGAAGAAGACUCCUCUGGGACAUGCUGUGUACGACCACUCGGCAUAGCAUGGUCGAGAACUCAUUUAUCGAUCGCUGCAUCCAACACCAUCUGCCUAAGCUGUCGCCCUCGGAUUAUUCUCCCGAGGUGCUCGCAUUUGCGAAGGAGACCAUCAACUACGAGAUCCGGUUCAAUCCUCCUGCGUCAGUCACCGACCAUGAAGUGGUCUCCAUUCCUGGCAUGGACCGAAUAUGGAAAUUUAUCUUGACCGCGCCUCCGAGCACGAUCGAAGUCGAUGCGACUGCCUUCGCCAUAGAGGUUUAUCUCGACCAUAAUAUUAUCCAUCGUUCUCACAGCUCAUCUGUCGAAGCGACGCACAUGGCCUUAGUUGAUCGUUGUGUAGAUCAACUCAAAUCUGCUGCAUCAAGGCUCAAAUCGCUUUCCAGUUGCCGUACAAAUCCUGAGGGGGGUAUGAUGGUUGCUGAAGCCACUAAUGGAGAAACGCCCGCGGAUGAACUGAAAUUCAGCCGCUCGCUUUUCUUUCUUCGUCAAUUUCUGCAAGCCUUACGUGCUCGACCCCAGUAUAGUCCACCGCAAAACUCACCCGCCAAUUUGCCAACCAAGCCGCAGAAUGGCGAGUUGAUCGACAUUCGCUACCAGGCAUUUGACGGCGGCGCUCAAUCAAAGGUUCGCUCAUUGCACAUUGGGGAUUUGUCUACAGCUUCCGAACUUGUUGAAACGCUUUCGAAAGUGACCGGGUUCCCUAAACUUAUGAUCAUAUUCUCGGGACAAAGGAUUGAGCUUCUCGAAAAGCCAGACCAGACGCUUCGCGAUUUGAAGCUUUCGUCAGGGCUGAUGAUCGUCCGGAAGGACCCGAGCUGCCGCCGGGCGGCCGCACGAAAAUCCCAGCCCUUGACUUCGGUUGAUAAUGAGGUACUUAAGCACUUCGAUGACCUAUACGAACUCCUCAGCCUUGACGACGGUUUGGCCCGGGAGAUAUACGAGUUUCUUAUGGUCUUUCCACCUCAGGAGAAAGUUAUGGAUCUGGUCAAGUCAGCUGAUGCAAACGAUGACAACAUGUUUCCCAUGGCCAAGCCCUACAACCUACUCUACUCUGUUCAUGCACUUUCUGAAUGCCUUCGACAGGAAGCCCUCGAGCAAACUCCGAGUGAAGCAUUCAUUUCUCGCAGUAUUAGGAUUGUGGUUGCCGCUUUGACUCGGCGUGAAAUAUCGGAGUCACUGGCGACUUCAACGACGAGUAUCUUGAUGGCUAACAGCUUGAUCGAUUGUUUUUACACCGCCUUGAUGGUGAAAGCCGAUGUGUCAGAUGUAUCAGACGAUGUGUCCCUAGUCCCUGACUCCGCUACCUUGGUAAAUCGGUUAAUCCGCAUCCUGGAGGUUGGGCAGGGUUUUCGCAGCGCUCAAGUUCCAGAGUUCGUUACGCACAGAAUGGUUUGCUGCAUUUUUGCCGUUUUUAUCCAAGGGUCUCUUCGAGAUCCCGGAUUCUGGAGCGCAACCAAGCAGCAAGUCAAGUUCGAACAGCUCCUAUCCUCCCUUCUCAUUGAGGAACCCCGUCAGCCUAUCAGAAAGGGGAUAUCGGACACCAUCUGUCUCAUCUGUAGUUCUUCAAAGCAGUUCAAAAAACCAAAACUUCCAUCCCCUCAAGCACAAGAAGCACGAGAAGUGGCACUUACAGAGAACCCAACCAGAAUUGAUAUACUUGCGACGAUAUGGGAUGCUUUCGUCCGUGCUUUCUCGCGUGUGCUAGAACACCCAGCACAAUCUCAGGAGUUCUUCGACACCGCCUACGUCGUAUUCUCCUCAGUUGCGGAGAAGUCGCCUCAUGACCUUGUAUUCAGCGAGUAUCUCAAGCAAUGGAGCAAUAUUAUGCUCAACCACAGAACAACUGAGUUUGUCGGUAGAGAGCCUGUAGAUCACAUCAUCUUUGGCUUUUCCCGGCUCUUGAAGUCCUGCUUGGAGAUUGCAGAGGCGUCUAAUAUCACGCUCGAUACCUUCAAUCUCACGGAGCAGCUCUUUGAUACUUACCUUUUCCCAGACCUUUCGCCUUCUUCACAGGACCUGGUUGUCCCACAAAUUCCCGUUAUGCACAAUCAGACGCGGCAAGAGCUCUAUGGUAUAGUCUAUCAUCUUUCAAAAUAUGGCGAUAACUUUAGUCAACUCAUAUCGCGUCUGGAGGAAAUCAUACCAGAAGACCACACCUAUCAGCCCGGCUGGUCCUUUGAGCGACAAAAAUUGAUUCGCUCACCAGAGGGCUAUUCAGGGUUGAAGAACUUGUCAAACACCUGUUACCUGAACUCACUUCUAAGCCAACUUUUCAUGAACGUUGGAUUUCGUGAUUUCAUGCUUAGGCUUAACCUUACGGAGCCAUCUACGUCUCAAAGGCUGCUCAACGAAACGAAGAAAGUGUUCGGGUACAUGCAGGAAUCGUGGCUCAAAGGCUUCGAACCCCAGGCAUUCGUUGAAUCUAUUCGAACAUACGAUAAUGAGCCCGUGGAUGUGACUAUUCAAAUGGACGUCGAUGAGUUCUACAAUCUUCUUUUUGAUCGUUGGGAAGCCCAGAUAUCGAACCCUGAGGACAGAAAGAAAUUCAGGUCGUUUUAUGGGGGCCAGCUUGUUCAACAAAUUAAAUCAAAGGAGUGUGACCAUAUUUCCGAGCGUCUAGAGCCCUUCUCCGCUAUUCAAUGUGAUAUCAAAGGGAAAGCCAGCCUCGAGGAGAGUCUGCAGGCUUAUGUCGAAGGAGAAAUUAUGCAAGGAGGCAAGUGCGCCACGAUCAAUAACAAAUACUCCUGCACCUCUUGUGGGCGUCAUGUCGAUGCCGUGAAGCGAGCUUGUCUCAAAGAUGUGCCUGAUAACCUCAUAUUCCAUCUCAAACGAUUUGACUUUGACAUGGUAACCAUGAUGCGCAGCAAGAUCAAUGAUCAAUUUGAAUUCCCCGAUAGGGUAGACAUGACACCCUUUACCGUUGAUUAUCUCUCGAAUUCGAGCGUGAACACCCAGCAGGAUGUUUUUGAGUUAGUCGGUGUCUUGGUGCACAGUGGGACCGCUGAGUCUGGUCAUUACUACUCCUACAUUCGUGAAAGGCCGAGUGUGAACGGGAGCGGCACAUGGGUGGAGUUCAACGAUUCCGAUGUCAGCAGAUUCGACCCAGGCAGGAUCGGAGAGCAAUGCUUUGGCGGAUACAGCGACUCUCUACACUCAACCUCUGUUGGACAAAUGCGGUUCCAUAAAGUCUGGAAUGCUUAUAUGCUGUUUUAUCAACGCGUUUCAAGCAUUGAAUCUGCCAAGUCAACUUACAAAGUGGCGGACAAUCAUUACCCGAUACGCGUUCCUCUGCCAGUGCCGCUUGCCAACCAUAUCGUGAUGGAGAAUGAGGUGUUCGUACGGACCUACUGUCUCGUGGAUCCGUUCUAUGCCCUUUUCGUUCGUUGCCUCAUCAACCAACUCACCGAGGAAAAGCUUGCUACGAGUGGAACAAGGAGCAAGCUGGAUAGAUCAGUAAUUUACCUUGCUCUUGACACAGUGGAACAACUGGUAUCCAGGACAAAGGAUACGACGAUGUUUGAAAAUAUUGUCUUGGAGGUCUAUCGGAUCAUAAACGAAUUUCCCAAGGCUUCUUAUAGAGUCCUCGAGUGGAUUUAUGAUAGGCCAUCUGGAAUUUCCCAUCUUUUGAGGAGUUUCCAUCCCCAGAUUCGCUGCGGGUCAACGAGGCUCCUGGUACUCGCCUUGUCAAAGAUUCGAGAGAUGGCGACCGAUAAAGGAAGCCAUGAAAGAGACAGCUGGUAUGCUAUUUACCUGGAUGGUCUGGAACAUGUCGUUAGCACCCUUGACGACAUGUGGCCGGCGCUGCAAAACGUCAGUCGCUCAUGGGAUGAUUACUUUGAGUUUUUGUGCUCGCUAGCAAGUCUUGGCAGAAAAGAAGUCCAAGUGAUCCUCAGCCGCGGGUUCCUUUCGAGGUGCCUAGAGAUGGUAUGGCUGGACUCUGAUGACUCUAUGAGGCUAAAGCGACAGUACAUGACCUACUGCAAACUUGUUGAGAAGGGCAGAAAGUUUUCGCACCGGAAGCUGAUGGAUUUGAUGUCAGAAUUACUCGCCGUGAUUGACUUUACCGCGCGGCCGGUUCCAGAUGAUGAACGAGAAGUGCUACCGAAUGGCAAGUUCCCAGUCACGCUUGCAGAGAAUGAUCUCCUUCGACCCUUGGGGCAACGCAGCGAACUAGUCGUCCUGAAGAAAAUCCUUACCCAGUACCACAGCCCCCCGGCAUGCAGGAGUAUCUUUGGUCUUCUCAUGGAUGCGGAGCCAGAUGCCGGUCUCAUGGAGCCAGUCUUCCAGGUUCUGGUAGAAGGUCUUCGUAUUGCACCGGCUGAGCGCUGUGCUCCGUUCUUGGAAGCCGCCCUCGUCCUUUGCAGAAGAGGCCAUUCCAAGGAAAGAAUCAUAUCUAUUCUCGACUAUGCCGCGAAGGGUGUGGACACCAUUAAUGAUAGCGGAGGCAUAGAACACCUUUUGUUCUUCCAGAACAUGAUGAGCAGCCAAAAUGAGCGCCUGGGCCUCGACGACGCAUGGUUUUCUUCCCGUGUCAUUGACUUGAUUCCGGAUUGGGUUCCAGCUCUGCUUUUGUAUCCUGACAGAACUAUACGGAACGGUACGAUGGAUUUCCUGCGCAAGAUCUUGUUCAAUGAAGAGUCGGCAGCUGUUGAAGACGAAGGACAGGCUCGUUAUGCAGACGUGGCCAAGAAGUUGGUAGCUACGAGCGUCGACAAGCUACGUAAGAUGUAUCUUGCAGCUCCGGGUAUCAGCGCCGAAUCCGGGACGUUGGAGGCCAUUAGGACCGUGAUUGAUCAUUGCUUAACUUCUUACUUUGCCGGCUCUGAGGAAGACCAGAAAAUUGCCACUCAAGCACAAGCGGUCAUAUCGGCGAUCGAAGAAAUGGCAGUGGAGGUGCCCGAAGAAUUACCUUCAGUCUGA